AUGUCGUCCUCCAACUCAAACACUAGCGGUUACCUUUCCCCUCCCAGCUCCUCCUCCACGAAAACUUCGUACGAGAAGACUCCAUCAUCCACUAGCACUACUAGCACUACCAGCAGCGGGUCGUCAUCGAGCACUCCCAACAACUCAAGCACGUCGUACACGACCGCCGAGACGGUGGUCGUCCCGAGCUCGACAAGUUCGGGGGCUAAGAGGAAAAGUUCGGUGGAGGAUUGGUGGAGGAGUGUCCGAUGA